AUGCCUGUCUCGCCCUAUCGAGGUACCUUUCACUUCGUCAAUAAAGACGCAUCUAAUCUCAAUAAGAGAGAUGCGGAAGAAGCUUUUUCAAUCAGUUCCCAUGUCACGAACAAAUACUAUCGCUGGGCAAAGAACCAUCGACAUGUUGGAGGAAGUCGCGAUCCUUCAUUGAGCCGCAUUUCCAAGGUUGUUGGUUUUGCAGAUGCAUGCCCAGAUUCAAGAGACGCGGACAAUGACAGCUACGCCGGGUCUUUCAACGAGGAGGUCUCUGUACGAAUGAUAUGUUGGCAGCUCGGGUCGGGCACAAACCCUUCCACACGUGGCUCUGCUAGUCCUCCCGGCUCACCUGAGUCUACUGAUCAGAUGAACUCAGACAGUGAGGGUGACAACCCAUAUUUCAGGCCAGAACUUUGGCCCAGCAGGAUGAUGCGAGAAGAGUCGCCAAUGACACCAAAGAACGCUGACUGGGAUGCCCCUGACUGGGCAGCAUGUCCCCAUUUCCAAAAAGAGGCCUUGCAGAUCUUUCGUGGCUUCUUUCUCUCCUUCAGCAGCCUCAAUACAGCCAGCAAUGCGUCUCGCCAGUCCAUCGAGCUGGGUUGGCGAAACAGCGCAAGCAAUCUGGUGUCAGAUAAGAAGUGUCUGCACGGCUGGUAUGCAAGUGUCCUGACGCUCAAGGCACACUUUAUGCAGCCCGAAUGCUACAACUUUCUCUACCCAAUGGCUCUGAAGCAUCAAAACAGGAGCCUGAUGUUGCUGCGAGAGCACAUCCGUCAAGACUUGCGACCCUCGGAGAGCUUGAUCAUGUGCAUCUGGUGUAUUGCGAAUAUAGCGUUCUAUACUGGCGACCUGGAAGCAAACGUGGCCCACUCGUCAGCGUUGUGGGAGAUCGUAGACGGCCUCGGAGGAAUGGAAAAGCUCAGUCCUGAGACUCGAGCGCAAGUUAUUCUUGCAGACAAUGGGCACUCAAGGUUCACGCUUACCAGACCACGCCUUGAUUACGCUCUCUUCGAUCCUGGAUCCUUUCAACAGCAACCCGAAUUCGAGCAUUACGACUCUUUGCUGGCCGAGACGGAAUUCCAACGCUGGGAUGAAACAUUCCUGUUGCCCGAAGACGAAAUAUCCGAAAACCUAGAAAACUAUGUCAACAUGCACCGAGAAUUCAUGGCUGCGCAUACUCUCAUCAGCAGGGUCAUUUGCGAGAGAAACGGUGAGCACUCAGUAGACGCCAUCUUCAGCUGGCUUCACCGUCGGCGCGCGGCGUUGAGUUCGUGGACGAUGAGCCUGUAUUGCGACAUUGUCGAGACUAUCACCCCGCGAACGCGCAUCUCCCGGGCGGUUCGUCGGCAGUUACAGGCAUGCCUCUGUCUGGCUGUGUCCUAUGCCAUGUCCUUUGUCUACGGUUUCACGCUCCCUCUCCAGAAAUGGCUGCUCUAUAUCCCCGUCCAACAUCUACGGCCCCAGAUCGAGAUCUUACUGAGCUACAUGGCCAAGCGGGGAACACUGCCUUCAACGCGAGUGGCCCCAUCCUCAAAGUCGACGAUUCCUCCGCCCCCAAGUGCCCUCUCUCACCACGAGCCUCUCCUCUUUCUGUUCUUCGUCGGUGCCUGCGCCGAACAGGUCUCGGACGAAGCGGGCAAGAGGCCACAGCUCCUCGUCGACCCAAAAUGGCAUUCUACGCGAUUUUGCGAGAUGUCGCGGAUUUUGGGACUGAGAACGUGGAAGGAAGCGCAGAGGAUUCUUAAGAGGUUUGUCUAUGGGGAUGGCACUGUGAUGGAUCGCUUUGUGGAGGGAUUGUUUGAGCAGAGAAACGAGUUGGGGAGGGGGGAAAGUGUUCUCGGCUAG